CAGUUUCUCAGGUAAGGAACCUGAACAACAAAAUGGAAGCCUACUGUUUAAUAGACUUUGUUCUAGUAAACCUAACAUCUUGGAUGUAUCCAGAGAAAGCAGGUGACUUCAUUCUUGACCGCAAGGAAUUCUGCUUUCGUAACCGGCUUUGGCCCAGCCUCUUUCGUUUCUCGUUUAUUUAUGUUGUCGAGAAUGAAUGGCUGAGACAGAUGAACUCGGUUAAAUGGUGCUUUCUCAUGGAAAACACAGACAUACAGAACUUCAGGAUUUUCUUCUUGUGAACUGGUCCUGCAUGUUCAGCAGUGUGACAGUGGCAACAUUUUAUGGGGAAGAAAGAAAUGAAGAAACAUGGUCGUAUUUGUGGCAGCCGCUGCCUGGGUCCCAUGAAAUUCCUUUCAGGAGUGGAAGGAAGUGCAGGGUUUCUCGCCUCAAGGGACACCUCAUCCCACACAGACAGACUCGUUUUCCUUUGCCGUCCAGUAAAAGUGAACGAGAAGGUCAGAAUACAAAUCGAAAGUGGGCUCUUGUCACGGGAUGGUCACAGAGCUAUCGGGAUCGGCUUUACAAAUGACUCACCGCUAAAUGCUAUACGGGACCUGAGGGAUAGUCCACGAUCCUGCGUGGUACCUCUUCCUGAGGACUUGUGCCUGCCUGGUGCAAAAAUUGAGUUCUGGAUGAACUAUGCAGAUUUUGUGAUUAUCCGGGCAAGCGAUCGGACAAAAUAUUACAUGAAAGCAGAAGGACUAAAUCUCCAUGAGCCGCUGUUUGUUUUCUUGGAUUUUUGUGGAAGCACGAGCACAGUGCGUCUUUUGGGUUCGAGGAAGGGGGGUCGCACAUCCUGCUCUGUUCUUCCAUCAGGCCCGUCUGAUGCAAUAGGAACAAAAGAGCAAGCAAUUGAAGAGAACCUUCUUAACCUCAGUCUUAUCUCUUAUGUUAAUGAAAAUUCAGACCAAACAUUUUUCAGAGAAGCACCACCAUGGCAAGCAAGUCACUCAUCAUCACCUAUUCAUCCACCAGUAUCUACUCAAAGAUCAGGUCCAACCACACACAGCAAGACUGCAGUCAACAGAGGUUUAAAGAGAAGGCUUCAGUCCUCAAUGGAGGGAACGGAUGUGAGGUCUCUGCUAAGAGCAUUUCAACAGCAGUAUCUCAGCUCUAAUGAAGUAUAUGUGAUCGUCUGGAGGAAAAGGCUCCUGGAGAGUGCGCUUGAUGCUCUAUCCAACAGGAACUUCUCCUGGACUGAAAAACCUCAUAUUGAGUUUGCUGGCGAGGAGGCUUUUGAUAAUGGUGGCCCGAGAAGAGAGUUUUUUAGACUGCUGAUGAUCGAGGUGCAAAGCAGUCUGGGUGUUUUUGAGGGAAACCCAAAACACUUGUUCUUCACUUAUGACCAGAUUGCUUUGCAGCAGCGUAAAUACGAGCAAGCCGGGAAGCUGGUAGCUUGGUCUAUAGUUCACGGUGGACCAGGACCCAAAGCUCUAGACACUCAUCUUUACCAGCUCAUGUGUGGUGUAGAGAUGGAACUGACAGACUUUGACUGGUGCCUCAUACCAGAUGCCGACGUCCAAAGAAAAGCACAAAAAAUCUUAUCUUGCAAGACAGCUGAACACCUUUGUGCUCUGCAAAGAGAAUUAGGAGACUGGAUCUGUGAUUGUGGAUUUCCAGGCAUUUAUGGACCAAACAUUUGCGUCCAAGACGUUCCUAAGAUUUACUCCUACAUCGUGAGGCACCACAUUUAUCUCAGGGUGUCGAUUAUGAUCAACCAGUUCACCGAAGGCUUGAAUUCAUGCGGAAAGCUGUGGGACGUAGUGAAGACCAACUGGAAAGAUUUCCUGCCUAUUUUUACCAAAACGAACAAACGGAUAUCACGAUCAUCAUUCAGAGCCCUGUUUGAAAUCAGCUGGAGUGCGGAAGGUACCAAGAGGAGAGAGGAGGAAGAAGAAACCAUCUACUGCUGGGAGCUGGUGCUAAAGAUGAUCAAGGAUAAAGAAACAGAGCUGCGUUUCGAAGAGCUGCUUGUUUUUAUCACGGCCACAGAUGAGGUUCCAGCGUUGGGAUUCCCCGACAAACUCAGUAUCCACUUUUACCAGCCUGAGGAGAGAGGCUUUCGUCUACCAUACACAUCCACUUGUUUAAUGGGACUGUUCCUCCCGCGAGGGGUCAGGAGUCAUGCAGAGCUCAACAAGAUGCUGCUCAGAGCAGUGAGAGACUCGAAUGGAUUUGGAAAAUCAUAAGACUGUAUUUACAAAAAAAUGUUUGUUUUACUAUUGUUGUACUAUUAAAAGCAAGAAAUCAUUUAGGUUUGUGUAGCAGUUGGAGUCCCCCUGAGAGAACUUCCUGUUUUUGUGACUUGUUGUUGCUGAGAGGAUUUGGUAAAAUCAUAAGACCAUAUUUAAAGGGAAAACACCAUUAUUUCCAUGCUACUGAAAGUAAAAGUGUCUCGGUUUUGUGCAGUGUUGUUGCAUAAAGAGGAACUAAAUAUUUGCACUGAAGAAUAUGACUAUCAUUUUUAUACUGGAGGUCAAUACAACAGUGUAAUACAUUCAUAGUUACCUGUAUAAAUAUGAAUGUGUAUAGCUUAAAUAUUGUGCCAUAUUUUUGUACUGAUAGUGAAAAUAAAAAUAUAUAUAUUUUUGACUAAUUUAUUAAAAGGAAUUCAUUCCUAAUUUAUUAAAGGAAUUCAUUCCUUUAAUAAACCAAUCAAUA